UCCCAGCCCGGGAGCACCGCGGGCUCCGGACGGAGAGUUGGCCGCAUCUCCUUCCGCGCGGCCGCUUCGGCUCACCUGGGCGCCAGCUCCCAGUCCCGCUCCUCGUCCCCCCAACUCCUCCCAGACCAGCCGGUCCCUGGGGGAGCCGCGGCCGCCCCCGCGCCCGGGGGUCGUUCCCUCGCCUUCUCCGGGUGGCGGGAAGGAAGAGGGGGCGGCGGCCGGAGUCGGGGCGGGCGGCCUGAGGUGAGAGCCCGGCCGGCCCCGCUGGGAAUAUGGCGACCGGUGGCUACCGGACCGGCGGCGGCAGCGGCGGCAGCACCACAGACUUCCUGGAGGAGUGGAAGGCGAAGCGCGAGAAGAUGCGCGCCAAGCAGAAUCCCCCGGGCCCGGCCGCCCCCGGUGGGGGCACGGGCGACGCGGCCGGGAAGCUCCCGCCGGGGCCCCUGGGCACCUCGGCCGCCACUGCGGCCAACGAGCUCAACAACAACCUCCCGGGCGGCGCCGCCGCACCUGCCGCCCCCAGCCCCGGGGGCGUGAACUGCGCCGUGGGCCCCGCGCAGCUGACCCGCGCCGCCCCCGGCCAGCGGCGGCCGGAGGAUGAGUCCCCCGCCACCGCCGCCGCCGCCGCUUCGGGGGCAGCGCCCGCACGGGACGGCGAGGAGGAGCGGGACGGCGCCCCGGAGAAGGGCAAGAGCUCGGGCCCCAGCGCCAGGAAAGGCAAGGGGCAGAUCGAGAAGAGGAAGCUGCGGGAGAAGCGGCGCUCCACCGGCGUGGUCAACAUCCCUGCCGCAGAGUGCUUAGAUGAAUAUGAAGAUGAUGAAGCUGGGCAGAAAGAGCGGAAACGAGAAGAUGCAAUUACACAACAGAACACGAUGCAAAAUGAGGCUGUAAGCUUAUUAGAUUCAGGAAGUUCCUAUCUGUUACAAGAGCCAUCUAGAACAGUUUCAGGCAGAUACAAAAGCACAACCACUGCCUCUGAAGAAGAUGUCUCAAGUAGAUUUCCCCGAACAGAUAGAAGUGGGUUCAGCAGGUAUAACAGGGAUGCAAAUGCUUCUGGUAAUUUGGUCUCAAGUAGCACAUUGGAAAAGAAAAUUGAAGAUCUUGAAAAGGAAGUGGUAAGAGAAAGGCAAGAAAACUUAAGACUUGUGAGACUAAUGCAAGAUAAAGAGGAAAUGAUUGGAAAACUCAAAGAAGAAAUUGAUUUGUUAAAUCGAGACCUAGAUGACAUAGAAGAUGAAAAUGAACAACUAAAGCAGGAGAAUAAAACUCUUUUGAAAGUUGUUGGGCAGCUAACAAGGUAGAAGAUUCAAGGCUCAGUGUGGAAAAAUAUUUUAAAACUACUGAUUGAAUGUUAUGGUUAGCGCUAGGACAGUAUUCCUAUGCUGUAAUACAUUAAACUAACUAAGUAUGUAUAUUUAUUUCUAGAAAACAGUGGAUGUUUAUUUUCAAAAUAUUUCUUUUUCAUUAUCAGUUUCAAAAAGUAUCAACCUUUUAUUUCACGAAUAAGUAACAUCUUUUAGUUAUUAAGCUGGUAGGUUAUGCCUCUUUUGGUUUUGUGUGGUAUUCAAAUAAUAUAUGGUUUAAAGUCACAGCCAUCUGAAUAUAUUUCAUCUAUGGUAGUGCAUUUUCUCCCUAAAAGAAUAUACAUAGUCUUUGUUUACAUGAAUUCAAAUACUUUUUAGGGAGUUACCUGCAAAUGCCUUAUUACUGAUGUGCGCAACCUUUUAUAUGUUGAUGAUUUACUCAUAAAGGUCUUUGUCUACUGUCA